ACAGCGGCGGGAGAGCAAACUUAGACCGUGCCCCGGACUGCGGGACUCGGAGCAAAGCCAGCGAGAGGGAGAGAGAAAGCGACAAGGGACCCGAGGAGGAGGAGGAGGCGGCGGUUUCCACCGUGUCACUGCAGGAUGUUCCGGAGGCUUUCCCUGUCCUUGUUCCUGGUGGCCGUGCUGGUGAGGGUGGCCGAAGCCCGCAAGAACCGGCCGGCGGGCGCCAUCCCCUCGCCUUACAAGGACGGCAGCAGCAACAACUCGGAGCGAUGGCAGCACCAGAUCAAGGAGGUGCUGGCCUCCAGCCAGGAGGCCCUGGUGGUCACCGAGCGCAAGUACCUCAAGAGUGACUGGUGCAAGACGCAGCCGCUGCGGCAGACGGUGGGCGAGGAGGGCUGCCGCAGCCGCACCAUCCUCAACCGCUUCUGCUACGGCCAGUGCAACUCCUUCUACAUCCCGCGGCACGUGAAGAAGGAGGAGGAGUCCUUCCAGUCCUGCGCCUUCUGCAAGCCCCAGCGCGUCACCUCCGUCCUCGUGGAGCUCGAGUGCCCCGGCCUGGACCCGCCCUUCCGACUCAAAAAAAUCCAGAAGGUGAAGCAGUGCAGGUGCAUGUCCGUGAACCUGAGCGACUCGGACAAGCAGUGAGCGCCCCCGAGGGCGCAGCGCCGCUCUGCACGCGCCCCCGUCCCCGUCCUCCGAGCCCACUCACGCGCUGCCUGGUGUCCCCACCCCCUCAGCGGCAAGCAUGUCUCUUGGGGCUGACGGUGGCCUUGUCCAGCACGUGG